UCGCAGCAGCUAACGUUAGACGUCCACAUUUGACGUUUGGCUCUUUUAAAGAGGAAAUGGGAGCGAUUAAGUUGUCCUCCGCGGUUUUAUUUUAAUGCAUUCCGCCGUUCACUGAGAUUCUAGCAAACCAAAGGAGCAGCAUUAGUGGGUUUUAAUACUGAGAUCAAGCUAACCAUCUAAGCUAGCUAUCUUAGCUUCGGUUGGUUAACCCAUGAACUCUCUGGUCGGCUACGGGGUGUCCUCGGACAGCGACGGAGAUGGAGAUGAUGUUGGAGAGCUGGAUGGCGAGGCGUCGGCUGUCAAAAAGACCCGCAACUUUUUGCUAGAGUCUGGUUCAACGUCCAGCGAAUCUGAACCAGAGGACGGGGACCCGGAGCCCUCCUCACCGCCCCCGCUCCCCCGAAAGCUGGGGUCUUCUGCGGCCCACCGGCCGGCCCCUCCCCCAGGAUCCCUUGCCUGUCACAAGCUACCUCCUCCCGCCCUGAACACCUCCUCGGACAGCGGCGUGUUCGCCAACCCUUUCAAGGCGCAGGCGGACCGGAAGCUGAGCGCCUUGCAGAAACACGUCCCCCUCACGAUGCAGCCCAAGCCCUCGCAGAUCGGCGGCAGGAAGGUGUGCGUGUCGUACCGGAAGAACGGACGCUGCAGGUUCGGGAUCAAGUGCAAGUUCGCUCACGACAGCGACCUCCAGACUCUCGCCGAUGGUCACGCGUCUGCGGCCGAGGAAACGCCGGGGUCAGGUCAGGCCGAGGCCCGAGCUGGGGGCUCCCGUGGCAGAGGAUCCCAAAACCCGCGGCAGAAAAAAGAGGAGUCGUCGUCAGGAGGGCAGCAGAUGAAGAGGAGGAAGGUCGGACUGAGUAACACCUUGAUUCCUCCUAAACGAGCGAUGAAGCAGUACGCCACGCAGAGGGGCAGAGAGCAGCUCAAUAUGUCCUGAUGUUUCCUCAGCUCCUAUACUAUGCUACAGCAAGAGUGCUGGAAUGGUCUCUGUAUGUGUGUCGUCGAAAUUGUGCACUCACCAUUUAUCAGACCGGUUAAUGAGUCACAUUACAUUCGGACCCCUUUUGUGUCCGAAACAACUUCCAUUUGUGUUCCUCCAUCUAAACCUAGAAUUGUGCCAGUUUAGGAAAUGUUGUGGGGCUGCUCGUGUUAUUUACCAUCAGUAAAUACAACUUUGGACACAU